AGACGUUUCUGAUACGUGAAGUGGUCACAUCGUGAAUCGAUACAAACAUGAAGCAAAUAUUUCUCGCUAUUGUAUCAUUAACAAUAAUAACGUUAGUUAGCGCAGUUGAAUAUAAAGAUGAAACAUUUGACGACUAUGGAGAGCUUGAAUUUAGAUCAGAAAUAAUAUCUGAAGAGAGUGAUAUUACCGCAGAUGAAAAACCUACGUACAAAUUGAAGGAUGCUCCGAAACUUUUUACAGAAUUCGUUAAAAAUUACAGUAAGGAGUACAAAGAUGAAGCGGACUUUUACAAACACUAUGAUAAUUUUGUCGCUAAUUUAGAUGAAAUUAUUCGAAUCAACAAGGAAAAUGAGGACUCAGUUGCUGACAUUAAUAUGUUUGCGGAUUUAGAUGAAAAAGAAUUGGAGCCUCUGGUUGGUUAGAGAACUGUUACUAACGUAGAAAUAAAGUUCGCCUCAGACACGUCUUCUUUGACCUGAUCGAAAUCUGCUAGCACAUCUUCCGGCGAUGAAAACUGUAUCCCUUUCAGUUAAUUUUUAUUUAAGGUAAUAAAAAGGUCACAUUAGGGAAUGUGAAGCCAAAUUAGAGCGUAAAGAGUGUGACCUAGAAGCUUCACCAGUGUACUGCCCAGGACAUUCCCUGUUUUGAACGCUGACGGGACGUUUUGUGAGCAUCAAGCAAGCAGUGAAAUAAUAAGCCAUAUUUAUUAAUAUGGUUUAUUAUAAUUAAUUAGUAAUUAAGAAUAUCAUUUGCCUUUGAUGGCUACUUCGAUUCUGUUAAGAAUAGCAAUCAAAAUCUUCCCUGCACUGCUCGAUCGCUUCACUUUGUUAGGCGUUAGUUGCUCCAUCAACUAGUGCUUCGUUGAUAAAUACAUAAUUCAUAAGCUUUAUUCAUUACAUUUUUCACUGCUAGCACGGCUCGUAACAGCCAUCAAAGAACAACCACUUCUUUCUUUAUAUCUUUUACCAUUAACAAUAAAUGUUUGAUAUGAUAUACAAAAAUGAUCGCGUAAAAAGUUCCCCACGCAGAUCCAUAUAUAACUGACAUAUAAAAUAAAUUGUAACUGGACAAUAUGUGUAAUUAUAAAGUAAGGUAAAUGAAUUAGAAAGUAACUAGGGACGGAGUUUAAACUCUCCGUGUUACUUUCUAAUUCAUUUAAUCUUAUUUCAUUUAAAGAAUUACAUUUUUUUUAUUUUUUUUAUAGGAGAGGGGGCAAACGAGCAUGCGGCUCACCUGAUACCAUACCAAAAAUAUAUGCUUCAUUUAUUAUACCGACAUAAUACAAAAAUACGAUAGUAUAAUAAUGAGUUUUAACCUACCGGAACAUCAUAAGCAAAUGGCCAACUAUAUAGUAAAAAUAAUUUUUAUAUGAUUUUUAAAGGAAUAAUUUCUAUCGUAUAAAGUAUUGGAUUAAAGAGUUGUUAGUAGUAAAUUAUUGAUAUGGACAAUAAAUUCUUGAUAUAUCAUCGAUACUUAGUAUAAUGCACUAAAUGAUAACAUCGCGAAAUCCGGUUUUAAGACCUCUGUUAAGAUAUCAGGUUUUCUCUACGUCUUUGCAUAAUAUUAUUAUUUAUUAUAUAGUAAAAUGGUUAUACGUAGUUUACAUUAUGAGCACACCGCACUGUUUGCAUACCAAAAAAAUAAAAUAAUAUGGCGUCUUCUAUAGUUUCAAGGUGAAAAAACGUCUAAAGAGAUCUUGAGUCUAAAUAUAUCAAGUUUUAUUUUACUACUUUAACGACCAUCAAUUUAAAACUUGCCUUUGAUGAAUAAUAAUAAUAAUAAUAGUUUUAAUGACAUAUACAUUUGAACGUGUAUGCAAGAAGAGUGAGCUAAACAAUGUUAAGCAUAGCAAAAUAUUUUAGGUUGGACCCCAAAUGACGUUUAAAUUUCAAUUAGUAACAUUAACUAGAAGCUAAGGAUAAAACUAAAAGUCAAUAUUUAUGUGCAGUGUGGUAAGUAACUGGUGGCGGCGUAGCUAGACCGGCAACGCGAAGCAGUGUCAGAGGUGGGAGACGUCUGGUACUUCAAUUUCCCACCUUUGACGGCCAAGUGUGACGAUUACGACAAAUAGUUUCCACAACGGCAGGCCACUGUCACUCUUGCUACCUGCGUGAUAUAAGUACCUACAAAAUCGCGGGGAACCUCAGGUUACAAAUGCAGUCACGGCUAGCGCGUUUUAGGCCAGCGGCGUACUAGUGAAUUUAAAAGUUUCUGAACACUGUUUACGUAAAAAGAUUUUUUGUACUCACUCGUAUAAAUAAUUUGUUUAGUAUAUUUAGUUAUAAGAUAAAUAGUUGUUUUUAGGGUUCCGUACCUCAAAAGGAAAAAAUGGAACCCUUAUAGGAUCACUUUGUUGUCCGUCUGUCUGUCUGUCUGUCUGUCAUGACUCUUUUUCUCAGGAACGCGUGGAGGUAUCAAGCUGAAAUUCAUAUCAAAUACUCAAGUCUACUGUCCCUUGAAGCUGUGAAAAAAUCAAACUUCUAAGCCAACGCAAUCAAAAGAUACAGCCGUUUAUGCCGCAAAUUUUCGACAUUCGCAAGGGAAUCAAAACCUACAGGGUACUUCCCGUGAACUCAGAAUCUUAAAAUUUGGUACGAAGCAACGUAUUAUAGCACAGAUAAAGGAAAAAUUGCGAAAAGCAUAAAUUUUUAGUUAAAUCAUAUAAUAUUUUUUUUAAUAAUUUUCAACUUAUAUACCUACGGAUUUGUUCGAAACCCUCUGUGCGCGAGUCCGACUCGCACUUGGCCGGUUUUUUUAUAGAAGAAGAGGCAAACGAACAUACGGCUCACCUGAUGGUAAGUGAUUACCGCCGCCCAUGAACAACUGCAUCAUCAUCAUCAUUACAGCCCUUCACAAGUCCACUGCUGAACAUAGACCUCCCCCAAGGAAUGCCACAAAGCACGGUCCUGAGCCACCUGCAUCCAUCGACUUCCUGCAUAUCUUACCAGGUCGUCACUCCAUCUAGUGGGGGGACGCCCUACACUUCGCCUACCGGUACGAGGCUGCCACUCGAGAACCUUUCUUCCCCAUCGGUUGUCGGUUCUUCGAGCUAUACGGCCGACCCAUUGCCACUUCAGCUUACUAAUCCGUUGGGCUAUGUCGAUCACUCUGAUUCUACUGCGGAUAUCCUCAUUUCUGAGUUUAUCACGCACGGAAACUCCGAGUAUAGUCCUCUCCAUAGCUCGCUGAGCGACCUUGAGCUUCCUCAUCCGGCCAGCAGUGAAGGACCACAUCUCAGUUACGUAUGUCAUCACUGGCAACACGCACUUGUUGUACAGUCUCGUUUUUAAGUUUUGAAGUAUACCUGACGAGAAGAUGUGCCGUAAUUUCCCGAACGCUGCUCAACCGAGUUGAAUCCGUCGAUUGACCUCUCGGUCGAAGUUGGACUUACCUAGUCGGACUAUUUGUCCCAGGUAAACAUACUCGUCAACAACUUCGAGCUUAGUGUUCCCAACAACUACCGGCAUAGGUGUGACAUGGACAUUAAACAUGAUCUUUGUUUUGUCCAUGUUCAUCUUAAGACCUAUCCGUUGGGAAGCACUAUUGAAGUCAUUGAGCAUAGUGCUUAGGUCCUUCAGCGAUUCUGCCAUAAGGACUAUAUCGUCGGCAAAUCGAAGGUGAGUGAUGUAAUCGCCAUUGAUGUUGAUACCGUAUCCUUUCCAGUCCAGAAGCUUGAAAACGUCUUCCAAUGCAGCGGUGAAGAGUUUCGGGGUUAUGACGUCACCCUGUCUUACACCUCUCUGCAAUUGGAUAGGUUUCGUACUCUGGUUCUGUACUCGGAUAGCCAUCGUAGCCGGCUACAAGCACUUCAGGACUUCGAUAUCUCGAACAACUGCAAUAUUCGAACAACUGCAACACCAGGGGAAUUGCAGAUGCGUUGCCGGACUUUUAAAAAGGAGUAGGCUCUUUUCUUGAAGGUCCCUAAGUCGUAUCGGUCCGGAAAAAUCUCUGGUGGUAGUCGAUUCCACAAGGAAGUUGUGCGAGGAAGAAAACUUUUUAUAUAUCGCACAGAGGUGGACCGCCAAUCAUCCAGAUGGUAUGGAUGGUAUCGCGAGUUUUGUCGCGAUGUGCAAUAUUGAAUUUGUGCGACUGGAAUUAGUCCGAACGAUUCCUCAGAGCACUCCCGUGGUAAAUGCGAUAAAAGACGCAAAGAGAUGUAACAUAUCUUCGCAGUGUCAGUGAGUCAAGCCGAUCGGAAAGAGUUCGAUCGCAGACAAUUCGAACAUCUCUGCGCUGGGAUAACGUGUCUGUGCUCUGGGAUAACAUCAAAGCUCUGGAUAACGUAGAAAUAUCGUCCGUGACGUAUGAAGGGGAAAAAUACAAAGCCACUAGCAUUCGUGAUUUAUUUAAUUAAUAAUAAUUAUAUAGGUUAUUAAAACGUCGGCAAGUAGUCAACAUCAAAGAAGUGUACUAUUAUUUAUUCUGUGACAACGGUAAAGAUUGGUGUCCAUCAGUAUAGUCCACUAAGCGCUGAUGAAGAAGAUGUAAAUCCUAAACUAAAUUAAACGAAAACAAAUCGAAUGCUACACUAUUUACCCACAUGCAUGAAUUCUCAAUAAAAAUACAAAUUUUAAAAAUGUCGUUUCUAGUUAUGAGAUAGUUAUCUGUGACAUGGACCAAACCUUGCUAAUGUCAAGUGGUCCGUAGCCAAAGAGUUAUGUGCAUAACGCCUGCUCUGUGAUUUAUCUCGUUUGAGAUUCUGCCCACAUACAUAUGUAUUGCGACAUAUAUACAUUUUAACUAACGCUUUUUGACCGCUAUUGAAAAGGGCACAUGAUCUAGUAGUAUAUUCGGGAUUUAUGUGAAAGUUUUUGUUUUGUUUUGUUUCAGAACGGUGCCGGAAGAUGGUUUUUGUCUAAAUAUGUUGAAAGUGAUAUUUAUACAAUGAUACUUAUAUAAACAAAUAUGACGC